AUGGCACGAUCGUUGGAAAAAAUCGUUGAUGUUAACGAUGAAAAGGAACUUUGGAAAGUUGUUGUUAAAAUACAUCACAAAUGGAGUGUCAUCUCUAACAACAAGGAACAUUUUGAGAUGGUUGUUUAUGAUUCUAAGUAUAUUUUGUUUUGGAAGGUUAAGAUUGGGUUGUUGGGAGGUGUUAAUGACGAAGAUUUUGGAAGUGAUAUCCAUGUUACCGUACCUCCCGUGUAUAGGCAGAGUUUUGAUUCGCUCUUUGUUGUUAAUGAUACUUACACUAUUGCAAACUUCCAAGUUCAGCUGAAUGAUCUGCUAUUCAAACCUUCUGCUCACAAGUACCUCCUUAAAUUUACUGGUGGGACCAAAGUUGGGGACAAAAACGUGCAUCAGAUUCAGGAAAAGGCUUGGAGACUCACUCCUUUUCGUGAUAUUUUAACUGGGAAAUGGAAUAAAGAUCAACUUUUAGAUGUUAUCGGAGUGGUUGAUGAAAUUGGGUACACACAGGCCCAGGUUGGAAGUAAAAAGCAACAGGUUAACUUUGUCAUUCGCGACUUGAGCAACAACACUAUAACGGUUACGUUAUGGGAGGCGUGCGCGGUGCAGUUUAUCAACUACGUUGAACGGCAGGUCGAUACUGCCAUUCCGGUUGUGAUUCUGAUUCAAUAUGCAAAAGUCAAAGAAGCUUUUGGCAAAUAUCCACUAUCUGUUACCAAUACUUACAAUGUUACCAAAGUGGCUAUUAAUGAAGACAUGGAGACUAUCAAACAAUUUGCCAAAAUGCUUACACAGGAUACUAUAAUGGUUGUCUCGGGCCUUCGCACUCAGCAGUCUCAGGGCAGGUCGCAAAACUCAUACACUUCUCGCCAAUCACCUACCCAAAAAUUAUUAUCUAAUGUUAUUCUUUUUCCUCUUGAGAAAAUAGUUAAACUCAAAGACACUACUUUUUGUGCUACGGUUGCUACAAUUACAAAAAUCUUUGCCUCAAAAUAUGGCUGGUACUACCAGGCAUGCCAUGAAUGCCCAAAUAAAGUCACCGGUGAUAAACCUCCCUACAAGUGUGUAAAGGGACAUGACACUGAAACUGCCAUAUUCAUGUAUAAAAUAGAGGUGGGUGUUCUUCAUGCUGGUACAAAAUGCAAGUUUGUUUUGUGGGACAAGGAAAGUGAGGAACUAUUGGAGGUGUCGGUUGCUCAUAUGCGCGAAACAAUGUUUCAGGCUGGAAUAUUUGAUCCCCUUGAUUUCCCACUGGCACUUGACAAGCUCCUGGAUCAGGAACUUGCCUUUAAAGUCAAGUGGCAACCAGAUUGGUCUAAUUGCUCUGUCAUCAUGUUGGCGAAAGAUAAACCUAUAGUCAAGGAGAGUGUUAAUGAGGCUGUUCCUGUUGAUGAUUCUGACAUUGUUAUAGUGUGGUUUUGA